AUGAUGUUGGCCAAUGGGACUUCUAUCCAGGAAUUCGUUUUGCUGGGAUUUGGAGGUGGGCAAAAGAAGCGGUUCCUGCUCCUCAUUUUUUUCACCAUCCUCUACAUGCUCACUUUAGCUGAGAACAUCUCCAUCAUCACAUUGGUAUUCCUAGACACCCACUUGGCACAGCUGCCUAUGUACAUCUUGCUGAGCAACUUCUCCUGGCUGGAGAUAUGCUAUGUGACCACCACUGUGCCCCGCAUGCUCUUUGACUUGGCGUCCCCUCAUGGCAUCAUCUCUUUCCACGCCUGCUUCCUCCAGUUCUACAUCGUAUUCUCACUUGGCACCACAGAAUUCUUCUUCCUCUCAGCCAUGGCUUUUGAUCGGUACUUGGCCAUCUGCCACCCACUCCGCUACUCACAGAUCAUGUCCCCGAAUUCCUGCUAUUGCCUGGUGGCUGCAUGUUGGGUCAUUGGAUUCUUGGGGUACAUUAUCCCAGUGACUUUGAUAUCCAAGUUAUCCUUCUGUGGACCUAACAUCAUUGACCAUUUUGUAUGUGAUCCUGGGCCAAUCCUCUCCCUGGCCUGCCCUCCACUCGGAAAUGUUCCUUUUCUUUGCCAAAUUGUUGUGCAUGCUCUGUUUUUAGGCAAUGUCAUCUUUGUUAUAUUAUCAUAUGGCAUUGUAAUUUUCACCCUCAUGAAAACCGCUAACCAGGGCAAUUGUAGUAAGGCCUUCUCCACCAUAUCGAUGCACUUAUUGGUGGUGGCCCUUUUCUACGGUUCAGUUGGAGGGAUGUAUUUAAUUCCAGGUGGAGAAAGCCAGGCAGAGCUUACAAAAGCAAUAACACUCUUCUACAGCGUCAUCACACCAUUUAUCAAUCCCCUGAUCUACUCUCUGAGGAACGAUCAAGUGAAGGAGGCACUGGGCAGGUUGCUGAGGAGAAGGGUAAGACUGCUGAAGUGA